AUGUCAGAUUCAGCAUUCGGUGAAGAACAAGAAGAAAUUGAAGGACCAGCUCCAUCAUUAUCUCAAAUCAAACAUAUCAUACUAAUCUUAUCAGGUAAAGGUGGUGUUGGGAAAAGUUCCGUAACUACCCAAGCUGCUUUAACGUUAUGUAAUAUGGGUUAUAAAGUUGGUGUACUAGAUAUUGAUUUAACAGGACCUUCAUUACCACGAAUGUUUGGAUUAGAAAAUAGAUCGAUAUAUCAAGAUGUAGAUGGUUGGUUACCUGUUCCAGUAGAGACUAACGGUAUCGGUGAGUUGAAAGUGAUAUCCUUAGGGUUCUUGUUAGGGGAUAGAGGUAAUAGUGUUGUAUGGAGAGGUCCAAAAAAGACUGCAAUGAUUAAACAAUUUAUUAAAGAUGUUGCAUGGGGACAAUUAGAUUAUCUAUUGAUUGAUACUCCACCAGGAACUUCAGAUGAACAUAUUUCUAUUGCAGAACAAUUAAGGUUCUCUGAACCGGACGGUGCUAUUGUGGUAACUACUCCUCAAGGUGUCGCUACUGCAGAUGUUAGAAAGGAAUUGAAUUUUUGUAAGAAAGUUGCUCUGCAUAUUCUUGGUGUAGUGGAAAAUAUGUCUGGUUUCAUUUGUCCUCAUUGUGAAGAAUGUACAAAUAUCUUUUCUAGUGGUGGUGGUGCCAAAUUAGCUACUGAAUUUGAUGUACCUUAUCUGGGGAAUAUUCCAAUUGAUCCUAAAUUUGUUGAAAUGAUUGAAAAUCAAAACGUAAGUGAGAAAAAUUUGGUUGAAUCAUAUGGUGAAUCUACUUUAUGCCCCAUUUUUAAAAAUAUCAUGGAUAAAGUAUUAGCACAAAAUAGACCACCAAGAUGUUAA